AUGGUAGAUAUAGAUUCAAUUAGAAAAACAAGUGUGAAAAAUAAGUUUUUAGUUGCAAGCACCAAGCAAAAUAAUCUUUUUUACACUGUGAACAGUGAAAUUAGGAUAUGUAUUUGUCAAAUCGGUGCAACUGAUACACCUUGUAAGCACCAAAGCGCUAUUGCGAUGAAGUUUCAUAUUAAAAUAUUGAAUUUUUUACCAUCUUUAAAUCUCGACAACUGUAUGGUUUAUACCUAUAUUGCACUUG